UUUUAACUUAGAAUAUUUUGUGUUUAGUAUACAGAAAAGGGCUCACAAGGACGCUGUCCUUGUUUAUAAAUAUUUAUUUAUAGGCAAGUAUUCUUAUAUUUGUUCAUAAUUGGUAAAAAUGAGCUCUGUUGAGAACGAUGUUCUCGACUUAUCGGAUGUGAACGGAGACUCGGAGUUUUCCGGUUUCGAAUCUGGUGAUAUCGUUGAUACACCAUAUGUUGCUUCUAUGGUUGAGGUUUCCACCGUGACUACUAAAGAGAAACGUGGAAAAAGUCCCGUUAAGGGAAAAAAGAAAGUUAAGUCCGUUGUCAAAAAGGCCUCAAAACCAGUUAGUCGUAAUCAGACACCUACAAACAAGUCAAAAAAGUUGCCAUUAUCUUCUAUUGACAUAAAUCAGCUCUCAAAGGAAGAUAUUGUAAAAUUAAGACAGAAACUGGGUAUUCCAGAUGUUGACCCCCACUAUUAUGAUACAUUUGAUGAAUAUUCUUAUCAAGAGGUGGAUCGGCCAAAUUUACAUGUGCAAAUAAAUUCAGAGGAUGUUUCAGACACUGAAACUCCAGGACCUUCUAGGUCUAAGAAUAUUGAAGAAGAACUGUUUGGCUCAGUUACUUCUGAGGAUGAAAAUUGGCAGCCUCCUAAAUUGAAGGCUUUAGAAACGGAUAAACCCAUUGCUAAAUCUUUAGCAAAAUUGAUUAAUGUGGCAUGCACUUCUCAGUGCGAUAUAGAGGAAAUUGCAAAGAAAUAUAAGAUUCCUGAAAAUGUUGAUAUGGCUGGACCACCACUUGUUAAUCCUGAAAUCUGGAAAAUAUUAGAUAAAAGAGUGCACACACAAGACAGAGGUUUGGCUGAAAUUCAGAAUAUUGUUGCCACAGCCAUGGUACCGGUAAUCAAAUUAGCUGAAAAUCUGAAAUCGGCUGCAUUAAAUCAGGGAACAAAAACCCUUUUGUCGGACACACUUACAUUGCUUGGUCAAGUACAGUACAAUAUUUCAGUAAAGAGGCGCUACAGCAUUCGUCCUCAUUUGAAAAAGAAAUACUUUGGACUGUGUAAUAUAUCAAUGCCUAUUACAAAGAAUCUGUUUGGCGAUGAUGUGUCCAAGGAAAUUAAAUCAUGUGACUCGAUGGCAUAUAUUGCUAAGGAUUCCCAGUAUGGGUCCUACAAACCAUGGCGGGGACGUGGAACCAACAGACCAUUUCGCAGAGGAUAUUCUGGGAAUUAUAGAUUCCAGCCAUAUCCUGUACAGAGAGGAAAUUUCUCAAGACCUUUCAGGGCCAGAGCAGGCCGGGUAGGAGCUACUUCAGCUUACCCAAACGACAAGUAGAUUCCUCGGCUACCAAAACACAGGGACUUGCUCACCCUGCCACACAACGGACAGGAGCAUCCGUUAGCAAAGAAGAUCAUCAUGGGCGCAGCAGUCUUAUCCGGAAAUCACUUGAGAGUCAAGGACUUUUACCAGAAACUGCAAACACUAUCAUCCAGUCAUGGAGACCUGGAACUAGGAAGCAAUAUGACCUGGCGUGGAAACGAUGGUAUUUUUGGUGUUUACGAAGGAAAGUUAAUCCCCUUAUUACGACUGAAAUUAAAGUAGUUGAUUAUCUUUAUUAUUUAAAGUAUAAUAAUAAAUCUUACUCAGUUCUUAACACACACAAAUCAAUGCUUCUACAGACAUUACCUUUUUUCGGAAAUUCUUGGUGUCAGAAUUGUUUCUUAGUGAAACGAUACCUUAAAGGUUGUUUUCAUAGUAAGCCACCUGUACCGCGUUAUAGAUUCACGUGGGAUGUAUCAGUUGUUUUAAAAUAUUUAAUGUCUCUUUAUCCUUUGAAUAAUCUGACAUUGAAAAUGUUGACAUUGAAAUUGGUAGCACUGAUUGCACUGGCUACAGCUCCAAGAGCACAGACUUUAGUUUCUAUGAAUGUUAAUAACUUGUAUAAGGAACAACAGGCAGUUGUGUUUACAUUUCCUAAACUAUUGAAAACGACUAAAAUGGGUGAUGCAUUUCUGCUUAAAAUAGAUCAUUAUGACAAAGAAGAAUUAUGUGUUAUGCAUACUGUUUUACAUUAUCUUAGAGUUACUAAAACGAUUAGGAAAUCGUCACAGUUUUUUAUAUCAUAUAAAACUUUUCAGCCAGUUUCCUCUAGCACCAUUGCUAGAUGGUUGAAAGAUGUGUUGACUAUGUCGGGUGUCAAUUCUGAAAUCUUUAAGGCACAUUCGUAUAGAAGUGCAUCCACCUCGGCUGCAUUUAGUAGAGGAUGUAGUUUAAAAAAUAUAUUGGACACUGCAGACUGGAAGUCGGAUAAAAACUUUCGAAAAUUUUAUCUUCGAAAGGCUUUAACAAAUGAAAAUGUCUCAUUCUCCCAAGCUGUUUUCAAUUCUCAUGUUGAUUAGACACAAUAUUUCUUAUGGACAUGGUCUUUUGUGUUGUUCAAAUAUCAAAUAUGUUUGAUACAUAAUGCUUUUGAAUUUGUUAUACAUUUUAUAACAGAUAUGGUGCAUUUAUAUAAGAGUGGAAGACAAUACUUAUUUGGAAUUGAUAUUUGUUACACUUUUUAUUUUUUGUGUUGUAUUAUAUAUCAUUCUAUGGAAAGAAUGUUUUUGUUGCUUUUUAAAGAUGCUAAAUUAUACAUGUGAAAGCCAGAAGGCUUUAUGGAAAAUAAUGACCCCUCAUCCAAGCUUUAGUGAUGGAUGAAGGGGCAUUAUUGGAAAUAAAGCCUGAGGCUGAGCAUGUAUAUUCCCAUCCCAUUUGAACAUUUUAUAUUUUGUUUAAAAAGGAAUCAAUGGAUUUCCCACCCUUUAUGAAGUAAUGCAACAAAACAUUCUUUUUACUGUAAAUUAUGACUUCCCAUUGAAGAGCGCUUCCGGUUGGAGUGAGGUAUACUCGAUUUGUUUUUAUGCUUUAAAUCGCGAUCGAUUAGAAAUAU